CUUUGGGCUGCAAAAAAAAGGGGGGGGGGGAGGAAGCGGAGGAGGGCUCUCUGCCGCGUGUCAGUCUUUGCUUGCCCUCUCCGUGCGGACGCAUCUCUUUCGCUGUAAGACAACGAGAGGGAUGGGGCUGCCGGGGCUGCUCUUCCUCUCCUCCUGCGCCUUUUUUUUCUACCCGACCCGGGCGCAGUACGAGCGCUACAGCUUCCGCAGCUUCCCCCGGGACGAGCUGAUGCCCCUGGAGUCCGCCUACCGCUACGGCCUGGACCAGUACACCGGCGAGCACUGGGCCGAGAGCGUCAGCUACUUGGAGGUCAGCCUCAGGCUCCACCGCCUCCUGCGCGACAGCGAGGCCUUCUGCCAUCUCAACUGCAGCUCCGCCCGCAUGGAGCUGGGAGAAGAAGGAAGAGAGGAGGAGGAGGAGGAGGAGGACGGAAAGGGCGACGGCGGGGAUCGAACCCACGGCCGCCUUUCGCCGCGCCGCUUCCAGGGCUUCCCAGAGCUGCGCUACUUCGGCGACCUGCUCCGGCGCGCGCAGUGCCUCAAGCGCUGCAAGCAGGGCCUGCCCGCCUUCCGCCAGUCGCAGCCCAGCCGGGAGGUGCUGCAGGAGUUCCAGCGCCGCGAGCCCUACAAGUUCCUCCAGUUCGCCUACUUCAAGGCGAAUAACCUUCCUAAGGCAAUUGCAGCAGCCCACACAUAUCUUCUGAAGCAUCCCGAUGAUGAGAUGAUGAAAAGGAAUAUGGCAUACUACAAAACCAUGCCUGAUGCUGAAGACUAUCUUAAGGAUUUAGAAUCAAAAUCGUAUGAGACUCUCUUUGUCAGGGCGGUAAGAGCGUACAAUGGAGAAAAUUGGAAGACUUCCAUCACAGAUAUGGAACUGGCACUCCCCGAUUUUUACAGAGCCUAUUACGAUUGCAUAGCUGCCUGUGAAGGCCCCCGGGAGAUCAAAGAUUUUAAAGAGUUUUACCUCUCCAUUGCAGAUCAUUACACUGAAGUUCUUGAGUGCAAAUUGAAGUGUGAAAUCGAUCUGACACCAGUCAUAGGAGGCUACGUUGUGGAGAAAUUUGUGGCCACAAUGUACCACUACUUGCAGUUUGCCUAUUAUAAGUUGAAUGAUCUGAAGAAUGCAGCACCAUGUGUUGCCAGCUAUAUGCUCUUUGACCAGAAAGAUGAAGUGAUGAAACAAAAUCUAGUCUAUUAUCAAUAUCACAAAGACAAAUGGGGACUAACAGAUGAAGACUUUCAGCCUCGGCCUGAAGCAGUUCGAUACUACAACAUAACAACACUCCAGAAAGAAAUGUAUGAAUUUGCCAAAGAGCAUGUGAUAGAUGAUGAUGAAGGUGAAGUAAUAGAAUACCUUGAUGAUCUCUUGGCAGUGGAUGGUGGAACACAGUGACUGAACAACUGAAAAAUAUGAGUUUUUAAAACUAAUUACCCAACAUUGUUCCUUUAUGCCUUAGACCCCUUCUACACUGCCAUAUAAUCCAGGUUAUUAAAGCAGAUAAUCCACAUGAUCUGCUUUGAACUGGAUUAUAUGUGUCUUUAAUCCAGUUCAAAGCAGAUACUCUGGAUUUUAUAUGGCAGUGUAGAAAGGGCCUCAUGUGUCACUUUUAGCUCAGGUGUUAAAAAUACCUCAGAUCUUUCUUCCACUUGCUCAGAAGACACCUGAACUAUCCUGUGAGUUUCCCCACAACCUACACUUGAUUUGUUUUUGUUUUUUUUGUAAUUAAACAUCCUAAUCAUUGCAACAUUUGAAAAGUUACCCAGCUUCAUAUAACUAGCAGCCAAAUGUCUAAGUAAAACACAAACAUGUGAAUAGAACAGAAUAAAUAGAUUUUUGCAAGGCAUUCUGAAAACGUUCUUUGGCAAAUAACUGGACAAACAAUAUCCUGCAAAAAAAGUAAAUGAGAAUGAUAAGUAUUAUUCUACAGUUUUGGAAGGCUGCUCUAUUAUUUAUAAGUACAGUAGAGUCUCACUUAUCCAACACAAACGGGCCGGCAGAACGUUGGAUAAGCGAAUAUGUUGGAUAAUAAGGAAGAGUUAAGGAAAGGCCUAUGAAACAUCAAAUUAGGUUAUGAUUUUACAAAUUAAGCACCAAAACAUCAUGUUAUACAACAAAUUUGACAUAAAAAGUAGUUCAAUAUGCAGUAAUUCUAUGUAGUAAUUACUGUAUUUACGAAUUUAGCACCAAAAUAUCAUGAUGUAUUGAAAACAUUGACUACAAAAAUGUGUUGGAUAAUCCAGAACGUUGGAUAAGCGAAUAUUGGAUAAGUGAGACUCUACUGUAACAUGUUUUUAAUACUUUGAUUAAAAAUAAACAUUUCAGCUGCUACCAUUUAAUAUUGAGGCUGCAAUCCUAUGUGUUCCUAGCUAAGAGUAAGUCGUGACAUAUUUCUGGGCAGACAUGUACAGAAUCAUACUGUAAACUUUGAGAAGAAAUUCCCUAAAUAAAAUUUGGACAUUUCUGAUUCUAAUGUAUCUGAUACCAACAGAUCAAUAUUUUUUUAGUAUUUUGCCAAGGCCUUGAUUGCAUGUCCAAAAUAAUAUUAGGGGAGCUAGUGAUACAUUGGGAUAUGUUGAGAGAAAACUGGCAAGUUGCUUGUUUUCUGCAUUCACUAUUCAAAGAAAAUGUAGUGGAGAUGAAUUUUAGAAAAGUGGCUAACUCAAAAAUGAUUUGUCUGUUUGCCAGGAACAGUUCUUGUAGAAACUAACUUGUGGUUUCUGUUUCACAAAACAUCCAGAAUCCAGACACAUCAAUCUUGUCUCUGACAAGUACUAUGAGUAAUGCUGUAAUCAGUGUAUCCCUCUACCAACCAACGGAUCUGUAAUAAUCCGUAUCCCUUCAACCCGCGCUAGUUUGGAAUAAGAAAUACAUACAGUAGACUCUCAGCCAUGCGGCUUGGUAGAGGCCAGAUAAAUGCAGUUUCUGGUUGCUUGAGAGUUACUAUUCAAAAUAGAUCUAAUAUUAUACCAUACCAUGAACUCUGUAUUUUGAUAUUAGUAUUGAAAUACAGUAAUUAGAAGCAAAUAAAGACAAACUUAAUGUCACUCAGUAUUACAAAACAAGUUUGUGAAUGCAGUAUUAUUUCCUUGAUUUUUUUUUGCCAGCUACUUGAGAGUUCCUGUUGCUUCAGUUACAGUUAACUGAGAAUCUGCUGUUCAUAUAUUAGUCCUGUUAGCAGUCUGCCUCUGUGGAGGAUAUAUUAAACUACCUUGUAUUUCAUUGAUCAGACGUACAGCAAUUCUGUAUUUGUCCCCUUAAAUAACAGCUGUUUGGGCCUGGUGGUUUAGUAUGGCCUGAGCAGCUUUCUUUAAGGUGCAGGAGAGGCAUGUGUAGUGCUUCAGAUAUUUUGGGAUCACAGCUAGCAUAUUUCAUCAACAUGAUCAAUAUUGUCUUAGGUUGAUAGGAGUUGCAUUCCAACAUCUGUCCCAUUCAGGUCACUGAAACUUGGGCUGAAUCCAUAGCUGCAAAUAAUCCACUGUUAUCUCAAUCCUGGUCUUAUUUGAACAUAGGACAUUCCUCUAGUGCCAAAGUGAAAGUGCUUCUUUUACAUGUCUGUAGUCUUUAAUUUUAACUGUUUUAAAAAAGAUCUAAAUUAAGCGUCGCUGACUUCAGUGAUACAUAUUUCCAGAUAGUCCUAUAUAGGAUUGCAGCGCCAGUCCUGUAAACAUAUCUUCAGUUGCAUGACUCAUUCCUCUUAUUUCAGCAUUUCCAUUUAUUUCAGUAUUCUUUAUUACCCACGUAAUAAAAACGAGUUAGUAGACCAGAGUCUAUACUCAGGUAUGCCAGAGGAGCUUCCCUUACAGGAUAGCAGAUUUUGACCGACCCUUUUUUCCCUUGAUGCUUCAGCAUGGAAUACAUGUUAUAGACCACAUGGUUGUGAUUGUUGCGGUACAAACAGUUAUUUAUUGUAAUUCAGUGUGUGAGUUUUCCUAUUAGUUACACAGGUAAUUGUUGACAAGAUCAGCUUCCGUUUCCCUGCCAACAUUUGUACUGACUCUUAUUUCUGCACCCUCAAACCACAGCUUGAUAAGCAAUCAUUACCAGGUGAUAAUGUUUAUAUAAGUAUUUUGGAAAGCUUUUCCUGCUGUUUUGUGAAAAUUUGGCUGUUGUAGCAAAGAUGUGUGCCGCUCCUCUUUUUUUUGACCCUGCUGUUUCAUCUGUAAUCUCUAGAUCAGAGGUGACAAACCUAUGGCACACAUGACAAAAGGGUACACAGAGACCUCUCCUGGCAUGUGUGCAAUCCCCCCAUCGCUUGCCCGUCUACCCCCACUCGCUUGCUUGCCCCCCAUCCCGCUUGCUUGCUCGCCCACCCUGCUCACCCCCCUCAAGUGCCCAACCCUCCUCCCCCUGGGUUUGGGCAUUUGGUCUCCAAAAGAUUUGCCAUCAUUGCUCUAGACUGUGAGUUGUGUGAGGCAGGAAUGUCAUUGUACUUUUUUUGUCAUUGUUCAUGUCAAGAUUGGUGCUAUAUUUUUGUGCCUGACAUUUCAAGUGCCAAUGUCUGUAACAAUAAAGUGCCUUAAAGAAUU